AUGACCACAAGCUUUUCACCGGGUGUCCUCGUGGGUAUGGGACGAACAAGAGCCCAGCCUGGGUCCAUCAAGGCGGCAAAAGCUCCACAUGAUGAUACUUACGAGGUGGAUACUGCGCAACCAAAGUUUGGUGAGCAGGCAGGGAUCAAGCAGACAGGAUCACUGUACAACCUUCGGAGGGACCACGGCACCCCUACCCCACCACGUUGGACAGGCAUACCGGCAGGCUUGGGGGAAACGCCCCCAGCGGAUUCCAGGAGGAGGAAAGCAUUGCCACGCGUAAAUCUCAAGCGGGAUCAUGAGACUCUCAACCUUCCGCCCAACAGUUCCGAGAACCUCCCUCCGUUUUUUCGAUCUUCAAACCCAGUAACCGAAAGGCCCCAGAAUGGCCGUCCGAGGUUUGAGCCUCCAACCCCAUCCGGCGAGAUCUUCAACGCAGCUGCGCAAACAGCUGAAAACAACAAGCAGCUCGAGCAACAACGCAAGCAUCGUAAAGACUAUCUCAACGAUGUAUGGACACGACCUCACGAGCCGCCGGUCCAGCCAAACCGACCUGGAACUGCCGAGGGAACCGCGUCCCCAUCAUCCCACAUGAUGACACCUGUUGGGAUGAAGACACCUGCGAUAAUACAGCCGCAACAAGCUAUGGCUUUUCAGCCGCAAGGUGCGUCUUCCCAGAUUCCUAUGGCAAACCUGACCCAGGCACGAGCACAAACGCUGCAAGCAAUGACGAAUGGACAAAUGAGGGGUAUUAUGCCUCCAGGCGGCCAGCAGAUUGAUAGACCCAAAACAACUGGGCCCGCCACACCCGCGCAGAUGAAGGCUAUGCGCAACUUCGGCAGCCAGCAGACGACAACUGCCCAUGCGCCGUCAGAAAGCGCUCGGACACAACCUGUUGACAAGUUUGAUCAUCGGUCUCCAGCAAUCGCGAAUGAAUGGACGUUUUGCUCAGGGCACAGAUUUACUCGCGGAGAACUGAAGUACACGAUCUCAGAAGACCGCACAACAGACGCUUUCAAGCGCCGUAAAGUGCAUUUCAUAGCUUUGGGGCAGCCUAGUAUUCGAGCCGCUACAGUCGAGGCGCCUCGUAUGCGUGAAGCGCGGAUGGCAGCUUUGGAACAGAGUGGGAAGCUACGACGCGUCUACGACGACGACUCGGAAGAAGAGGAAGAAGAUGAGAGCGAUGGAGGAAGGACGACCGUUGGGUGGGAACCGCUUCCGAACUCAAGACCAGAUUAG